AUGCUCCUGUCGAGAUACUCACAGUUACUUCAGAAACGGUUGCCGAAUGGUUACAAACAGAGAUGGCCUUCCAAAUUCGAUAAUAUCAUAGUGGCGAUGUCCUCUGGGAUUGAUUCCUCAGUGACCGCAUCAAUUUUUAGUUCUUUUCCCAAGGCUAGAGGUAUAUACAUGAGGAAUUGGAAUAACAAAUCGAACGAUGGGAAGAAUUGCGAUGAAAGUGAUUGGAAUGAUGCUGUGAAAGUGUCAGAAUUUCUCAAUGUACCGAUUGAACUAGUGAAUUUUGAGAAGGAUUAUUGGAUUGAUGUCUUUGAACCGAUGUUGAAAGGGUAUGAACUGGGAAUAACACCGAAUCCUGAUAUUUUAUGUAAUAAAUUUGUAAAAUUUGGUAAAUUGAUAGAAUUUCUUGAUACCAAAUACGGUGAGAAGAAUUAUUGGUUGGCCACAGGUCACUACAGUAAGAUUUUAGAAAAUGUGAAGAAGAAUCGACUUGAGUUAAUGAGAGCAACGGAUUUACACAAGGAUCAAAGUUACUAUCUUUCACAAAUUGAACCGGACAUUUUCUCGAAUACGUUAUUGCCUAUGGGUCAUAUUUACAAGACUGAGGUGAGACAGAUGGCACUUGAUAUUGGAUUACCGAAUGCUUUGAAACCUGAUUCACAGGGUAUUUGUUUUGUUAAUAAUUCACAAUCAAAUGGCAGAUUCAAAGAUUUCCUUAGCGAGUACAUCCCCAAUAAGAAAGGGAACAUUUGUACCAUUGAUGAGAACGGUAAGAAAACGAAAUGGGGUGAACAUAACGGAUUGUGGUCGUAUACAAUUGGCCAAAAGAUUGGUGGGAUCUCGAUGCCACAAGCAGACCCAAAAUACAAAGGAACAUGGUUUGUCAGCGAGAAAUUGACCUGUACAAACGAACUCAUAAUCGUGAGGGGCAGUGAUAAUCCCAAGUUGUGCCAUUCAGGACUUGUCGUUGCGAAAUUCGAAAUCUUGGACGGUACAGAUGCACAUGCAUUCCAAGGUUUAGUCGAUGACGCCAUUCGCAGAGGAACAUUGAAUAUGCAGUACCGCUCCUUACAAGACCCUAUAAACGUUACUCGAUGCACCGUAAAAUUGAAUAACAAAAACGAUGGUACCAUAAAUCUGACUGUUUCGUUACAAGAGGCACAGAGAGCAAUGGCCCCUGGACAAUACUUCUGUCUCUUUGACUGCAGCCGAAUACUGGGAAGCGGGCCCAUCCUACGUAGCACAUAG